UCCCCGGCCGCCGUAGUCCUCGGCCCGGCUCGGUCCCGGCGGCGGAGACCCCGGGAGGGGAGGGGAGGGGAGGGGAGGGGAGGGGCAGGCGCAGGGCAGGCUGAGAGCCUGAGAGCGGCACCGGGAUCCGGACGGCGGCGGCGCGGCGCCCGGCUCCAUGGGGGCAACCGGGACGGGGGUGCAGCUCGGUGGGGGGCGCCGGGCCAGGGUAUGGGGAGCAGCCCAACCCCCGGAGAGGCGCCCAGCUCGGCGAGGGGCGCCGGGAUGGGGUUUGGGGAGCAGCCCAGCUCCUCGACAGGUUUGGGGUACAGCUCAAAUCGCGGACAGGCGUUCAGCUCGGCAAGGGGUAGCAGGGCAGGAUGUGGGGUACAGCUCAGCCCCCAGGCAGGCGCUCAGCUCGGCGAGCGGUCCCCGAACAGGGCUGCCCCUUGCUGCUGGCAGUAGCAGAACCGGUGCCCGGGGCCAUGAGACCCCCCCCCCCAGCGCCGCCCCGCUGACGUCAGGCAUAGCCCAGCCCCUAUAUACAGGUGCGCGCACCUGCCCGGGUGCUCCUGCUGCACUUGGCCACCGCUGCUGUUGCUACUGCUGUCGCCACUGCUGUCGUUGCGGCCACCACCACCAGACCGGGACCAGGACCGGGAGCCGCCGCCUGCCUACGGUGUGCUCCUGCUCAGCCCCCAACUCGCCCCUGGCUCUGCUCGGCCCAGGUCUCCCACGGGCAAGGGCUUGUGGCCGUCCGCCUCGGCGCCAGGCCCCUCGCCGGCGGGGCUAUGGCCAACGCGGGGCUGCAGCUGCUGGGCUUCGGGCUGGCAGUGGCCGGCUGGCUGGCCCUGCUGGUGGCCACUGUGCUGCCCCAGUGGCAGAUGUCAUCCUACGCCGGCGACAGCAUCAUCACGGCCGUGGCCAUGUACAAGGGGCUCUGGAUGUCAUGCGUCUCACAGAGCACCGGACAGAUCCAGUGCAAGGUCUAUGACUCGCUGCUCAGUCUCUCCGCAGCGAGACACAGACCCGCUAUCGCCUUAUCGGCUUUGGCAACGGGAGCCAAACCGCAGGGGUCACCAGGGCACCUGGACUCCUGGGUCCGCUUGGAGGGAAGCGGCAGCGCAGAGCAGGGCUGCCCGAACGCCUGGGUCCCUUCGGGACGCCUGGACGUCUGGAUUUUCCCCCAGCCUGGCGGUGGUGGAGCGGAGCCCAGGCGUCAGCCCCCCACCCCCACCCCGAGAUGGCGGAAAAUCCCCUGGGCCAUUUCCUGGUGCAAAGGGUGCGCCUGGGUUGGGUGUCCUCCCUCCUAGCCCCAGCCACCCGAGGGGCCCAGGUGUCCGGGCCCUCCCUUCACCUCCUGCUGCUCGGGAGGGAGCCCAGGUGUCCGGGAGGGACUGGCGCUGCCUUCAGUUUCGCUGAAACUCAGAGGCUUUGUCCGGGUGGGGGGAGCCCAUGAGUCACCGGGGAGCAGCCGCUGGGGUGGGUCCCAUGCUGUGGGGCUGGGGCCAAAGUCCCCCCCGCCUGGGGCGAGGCCAUGGGGUGCGUCUGAGAGCCAGGGCUGCACCAGGGUCUCAGGUGUCUGGGGCUGCCCCACAGCCCCGAAACCCAUUGGGGGAUCCAGGCGUCUGGGGCUGCCCCACAACCCCAAAACCCAUUGAGGGACCCAGGCAUCUGGGGCUGCCCCAUGGCCCCAAAACCCAUCGGGGAACCCAGCCAUGGGGGGGGGGGGGCAGGUGCCCAGGAAAGGUGCAUGAUGCGCGUGCCCUGGGGCAGCAGAAUCUCCCUGCUAAUUGCAAGCUUCUGCUAAUUGAGAUGUUGGCUGCUGCUAACAAGACCUGUGCUAAUUGCCAGGCUGCUUCCCUAGUGCCGCUCCCUCCCCACGGGGCCCUGGGCGCCUCCGCUUUUCCCGCCUGGCGCCUUGUAAAAGGGCCAAAGUCCGAA